AUGCAAACACCUGGAGUAACAAUCGAUGGUAGCGAUACAGUGGCCCAACCAGAAUCACUACUCAAUCCAGCCACUUUCACACCACCUAAUCACAACUACCCAAAUAUACGCAUAGAGUAUUGCGAUAGGUGUAGAUGGUCUCCUCGUGCUCAAUGGCUUAUGACUGAAUUGCUCCUGACUUUCCCUCCACCGGCCAUCGAAGCCAUCACACUCAUCCCGCGCAACGACGAAUCUUCUGCGGGGAGAUUCAGAGUGUGGCUCUAUGACGCGUCCUCUAGCCCACCAAAGCUUCUAUGGGACAGGAAAGUCGAAGGCGCUUUCCCCGAAGCUAAACAGCUCAAACAAAGAGUUAGGGAUAGCAUCGCGCCAGGUAUGUCGUUAGGGCACAGCGAUAAGAAGUAG